AUGUGUCAAAAUACAUAUCAAACUGUUUGCACUCAAUCACAAAAUAAUGAUGUUCAGCUACAAAGACCCAAUAAUUUUUUUAUACAACUAAACGCUAGUGGUCUACUUCAAAGGGCAUUAAAUACUGGAAGAAGACCUCAGAAUACCGCGAAUUUAUUCACAAAUACUUCAUUAGCUACUCAACAAUAUACCGAACUCAUUCAAGGCGGUCCAAUCACAAAACCACAAAAAACACCAAACUCGGAAAUUCUAUCACCGAGGGAUCAAUUUCUAAAACAGAUGAUUUUAGGGUCUUCUUUCACGUAA